ACCAAAACUAAUUUUAGAAUGUAUUCCGGAAUAUCUCAAUGUGCUUGUCGGAGAAUUUUCUACAACUUUCUAAACUAUAUUUAAACUUACCUGAGUCAUUUCUGUUCUAAAAGAGAAGUAUAUAAGUAAAUCAUAUCGAUAUAUGUUCCGUGAACUUAAUUAUAUUCGAUUUAUUCAACAGUAGUUCGAAAUUUUAGAGAUUCACUUCGACUCAGGCAACUGAAUCGCAACUUAGCCAGCUAUUACUUUUAUAUUAAUUUGCUCACAUUUUGUGUCUGUUUAUUGGUGUACCUUACGUAAAAACUGUUGACGAAUAACUUUUUGAAAUGGCCAGUGGAGAUGGUAAGGACCAGAGGAAUCCAAAAGAUAUGAAAGCAUUGUUGAAAUUCUGUUUGGAAGCAACAAAGGUUGAGGAUGCAAAAUCAGAGGAAUUUGCUCCUAUGGAUGAAGAGAGAAAGAAAUGGUUAGAGCAGGCAUUGGUUGGUAUGUCUGUAAGUCCUGUACAAAGAAUGAGGACAUGUAUUGAAUGUUUAAAGAACAACCAAAGCAGUGAGGAAGAAAGAAGUCAAGCUAUGGAGGAACUGAUUGAAUGGGGGGAAAAUAUAGAUUAUGCCGCAGAUUUUCAUAAGAUUGGUGGUUUUGACCUUUUCCCAAGGUUAUUAUCAGACGAAGAAGCAGAAAUAAGAUGGCAGACAUUGGAACUGGUUGCCUGUUUGGUACAGAACAAUCCAUAUUGUCAAAAUGCAGUUUUACAGAAUAAAAUGUUACCAGUACUGCUUGAAAUGUUAGAUAAAGAUGACAAUUCUACAGUGAAAACUAAAGCAUUAUAUGCUGUUUCAUGUCUAACAAGAGACUGUGAAGAAGCCCAGAAAAUAUUCACAGAUAAUGAUGGUUUCUCUGUACUGAUGAGAGCUAUGCAACAAGAUGUAGAAAAGUUAAAAAUUAAAGCUGCUUUUAUGUUAUCAGCUCUCUGUAACAACACACCUGAAUUUAAAGAUAUUUUAUGUGAUAUAGGUAUGAUAGAUCAGUUAGUAGGACAUUUAAAUGAAGAACAUAGUAAUUUCCAUGAACAUGUGAUGUCCGCCAUGUUAGCCAUUGUAAGAGAUCAUCCACGAUCUGUGGAGGAAUGUCAAAGAUCAGAAUUAGAUUUACACAAUGUGUUACAACAGAGAAUUAAGUUUCUCACUGGAAAAGAACAGUUUACCGAGGAAAAAUCAUAUGCAGAAGAAAUACUACAGCUGAUAUCAAGUGAGGAUAAUUUAGGAGAAGCUAACAGAUGAUUUAAUAAUUUAGUUCGAUGAAAAAAGGUUGUUGGUCGAAUCAAAAGUUUAGCAGAGGCAAUGAUAAUGGUUACACAUGAUCAGUUUGCUUCUGAAGUUGGACCUGAAGAUACAAAUAUAACUCUGUAUUGCUUCCUAUAUAUUGCUGCAUCAAUGUCAAAAUGAAUGUUGUAUAUCAGGAACUUUAAACAUGGCAUUGAUUGUGUUGUUUAUGACAAACUUAAUACAAAGUUUAAAUAUUUUGCUAUAUAAUCUAAUUGACAUAUUUUGUUGUAGCUGUCAUAAAUGUCAUUUGAUAAAACAUACUGAAUAAAUAUUUACCUUCAA